AGAAGAAGAAGAGGGGGAGGAAGAGGAAGAGGCUGAGCAUCUCACUCCACUGCACCACUUGUGGUUUUGUUUACAUCUAUGUUUACUUUGGUUAUGUCGAAAAUAUAUACCACAUAUUAGUCUUGGCUGGUUAUUCGAGCUUGCAGGGCGAUAUAUCAAGAAAACCACGUUGCCUCUACAGGUCUGUAUGAGUUUUGUCAGUUAAACACUGCACAUGAUGACCACAGAUCCUGCCAGCCUGGAGAGCCUGUGUGUGCUGUUUCAGAGCGAUGACUACAUUGUGGUGGACAAGCACUGGGACAUCCGCAUUGACAGCAAGAUGUGGUACGAGAAACACACUGUGCAGGCGCAACUUCGGCACCGCUUCCCUCAGCUGGCAGACCCCAGCACCUACUAUGGAUUCAGGUUCUGUCAUCAGUUGGAUUUCUCCACAAGUGGGGCUCUUUGUGUUGCACUCAAUAAGGCGGCUGCUGGCCAGGCUUACCGCUGCUUCAAGGACCGCACUGUCACCAAAGCCUACCUUGCCCUGGUACGUGGCUGGGUGGAAAAAGAGACACAAACUUUGGACUUCUCCAUUGGCAAGAACUCGUCCGAGGGGAAAACACACAUGAUGUGUAUUGAGGGAACAGAAGGUUGUGAGAACCCCAAGCCUUGCCAAACUGAGCUGCUGGUGUUGGAGUACGGGUUAUAUGAUGGAGACUCUGUCACCAAGGUGCUGCUGAAGCCACUCACUGGCCGAACCCACCAGUUGAGGGUCCACUGCAGCGCAAUAGGCCAUCCCAUCGUUGGGGACUUCACCUACAGCUUGGGAGCAGACGACACCCCCUACCGCAUGAUGCUGCACGCCCAUCUCCUCCACAUCCCCCUGGAGCCUGAGCCCCUACACGUCUCUGCCGGAGACCCCUUUUUUUCCACGUUGGAUCCCAAGUGGCUCCCGCAGCGCUCAUUACGAACAUUGACAGCCACUGUGGAGGCGCUGCUGGAGCAGAGAGUCGAGGAGGAUAGGAAGAUCAAAGAGGAGAAGAAAGAGAGGGCGAGAAGAGAAGAGGAGAGAAGGAAAGGACACAGGGAGCAGAGGAUUGAGAAGGAGAGUGAGGAGCAGAGGAAGCAGUGUCAGGAGUGGCUGAGUGAAUGGGCUGGAGACUGAUCUAUUAUUAUUGUUGAGUUUAAUUUAUUUUAGCUGUUUACUAAUGAGCGUGCAUGCUCCUUCUCACUGAACACCCGCGUCACAUUUAAAUGGCAUAGAUGAAAGUGAGCCAGUACAUGAAUUCCCUCAUAAACCAGUUAGAAACAUUAUGUUAGAAAAGACAUGUGUAAGCAUCUAACCGGCUGCUCACAGUGCUGCAGUGAGACACAUGUCCACCACGGUAGCAGAAAAAAAGUGCCUUGCUCAAGAUCAUGUUGGUUAGUAAGGGGUUGAGUUGAUGCCAUAUCUUUUUCUUAAUCCACAUUCCCCCCACAAAAGUAUAAGCAUUUGUAAUCUGUGAUCUCUUGUCACAUGUCUGUGCUAUAUAUGGUCAGAUGACUUAACUCUGAUCAGCAGCAAGAUCACGUAGACUGCAUGGAAUCCCAUGUAAAAGCGUAUUGCCUACUACACUAUGUCUCUGUGCAUUUUGUUGUUUGAUUAUUGUUGUACAGCUUUGAAUCAAAAUCUUUUAACAUUUAAACAAGAGUUUAUGUCAAUGUUACAAUCAAUGCCUACAAAGUAUUCUUGGUUUAGUAAUAAUAUAAAAAGCAAAAUAAAUGGUUGAACAAAAAUACUGCCCCCUCUCAA